AUGUCUGAUCAGGAAAGCGACAUAGAGCAAGAUGUACUUGAUGACACUAUUGUUAAUAAAUACAAAAUGGCAGCAGAAGUUACUAAUGCGGUAUUACUGGAGUUGAUAGACCGUUGUGUUGAUGGUGCUUCAAUCUUGGAAUUAUGUGAAUUAGGUGAUAAACGAAUCAACGAGAAAGUAUCGCAGUUCUUCAAAAAAGAAAAAGAAAUGAAAAAAGGCAUUGCUUUCCCAACUUCAAUCAGUUUAAACAACAUUAUGUGUCAUUAUUCUCCUAUCGAUGGUGAAGAAAACGAUCCUGUAGAAAUCAAGAAUGGAGAUCUCGUUAAAAUUAAUGUUGGUGCACAUGUAGAUGGUUAUGCUGCCAUAGUCGGACAUACAAUGGUUGUUGGAGCGUCUCAGAAUAAUAAAGUGACCGGUAAAAAAGCAGAUGUCAUAGUUGCCGCACACACCGCAGCAGAAGCUAUCUUGCGGACACUUAGACCGAAUAUCGAGAAUACAAGAGCUUCUGAAGUUGUUGGGAAGGCUACUUUAGAUUUCAACUGUCAUCCCGUAGAAGGCAUGCAGUGCCAUCAAAUGAAAAGAUUGAUAUACGACGCAGAAAAGAGCAUUGUGUUUAGUCCUACAGAGGAACAGAAAAAGACUAUAGAGAAGUGCACUUUUGAUACAAAUGACGUAUGGAAUGUAGAUAUUAUCGUGUCAACAGGUGACGGAAAGCCACGAGAGCACAAAGCAAGAACAACUCUGUACAAGAAGAACGAAACGUUGUAUCAGUUAAAAAUGAAGGCUUCGCGUCUGAGAUUGCAAAUAAAUGUUUGGCCUACCCAUUCAAUAUCCGGUAAGCUACUACCUUUGAAAUAUACUUACCUAUUUAGUGCCUUGGAGGAUGUCAAAAAAGCUCGACUCGGUAUAACGGAGUGUAUAAAACAUGGUGUUAUCCAGCCACUAUCUGUGUACUGUGAAAAAGAUGAGGAAUUCGUUGCUCAAUUCAGGUUUACUGUCCUGCUGAUGCCUAACGGUCCAAUGAAAGUUACUGGAUUACCCUUCGACUCCUCUUUGUACAAAUCUGAACUGAAAGUCAAAGAUCAGGAUAUCAAGGAGUUAUUAGCUCAGCCCGUUAAAAUACAAAGCAAGAAGAAAAAGACGAAAUCAGAAACCGGUGAUAAAAUUACAGCGUAG